AGGGCCCCAGCGGAAAUGAACGAUUCGCCUGCAGUAAGUCCUCGUAAAUGUUUGAGUGAUGGUGUUGUGUUGACACAGGAUGAUGUCCUUCAUCAGAAGGACAGGGCCUCUUCUCAGAGGAUGUCCAGCUCCACAGAUGUGUUCCAGAACCUAGCUCUAGAGGAUUGGAUAGAGGCUAACAUAGACCUGGAGCAGCGCAGCAUCCUGCUGCUAUGGAGGAACUCUCCAGCUGUGGUUAUUGGACGUCACCAGAACCCAUGGGCUGAGUGUGACCUGCCAUCUAUGAAGAAGGCAUAUGACAGGAAGAGGAACCUAAAGGUCAUUACUGAGGCUCUACGACACCUAAGGCCAGAACUAGAUGUUCAUGCCACUGACAGACUGGACAUAUUAUUGAAUGGAUGCCUCAAAAUCUCAGGAAGUGCAUCCAGGCUAAGUAGGAAGUCUUCCUACCAUCACUGCACCCUGCUUCACUCAGCCAAUCGCUCCUCUCUCUCUGCUCUUCUCCGCCCCUCCUGUCCUGGUAUCAAUAGCCACGCUACUCCCAGUGUUCCAUCACCUGUGGCCAACCUACUGGACCAUGUCCCUUCUCUGCAGUGGGAGGAACUUUUGGAGGGACUGGUGGUUCAGUAUCAGAAAGAGUUUGGCAUUAGCUCUGUGCCGACCCUCAUAGACCCCACUGAUGAGUCUGUAUUCCCCGGACUGAGCAGAGCCGCCACAGAACUGUGCAGCUGGGACUGGACUUUUGGGAAGACGCCAAAGUUCAGUGUCCAGACAGUGAUAGACCUUAAGGAUAAAGAGACUUGUGCUGCUCUGACCAUAGAGGUGAAGAAUGGCCUAAUCCUACAGUGUGAGCUGGAUGUUCCUGCGGAGUGGAUCCCUGAGCAUCUGAGUAAAGAAUUGGCUAACACUCUGAUUGGAGAACGUUUCUGUCGUCAGAGAGCAGCCGCUGCAGUCUCUGAGCUGCUGCGCUGUGAGAGGAUAGAAAUGCAGACCAGAAUUCACCAGCUGAGCCUCGCUUUGGUGUCAGCUAUUGGCUGAGUGCCACCUGCACACUGACAGUGACAUCAGGCUAAUUAAAAUAUUGAAUACACUGAAUAUUCUUUUCUAAAAAUAUAUAUUUAAAUAAAAGUUUGUGUAAUAUUCAUAAAUGGCAGAAUAAACCCCUAGUUUCAUGCUGUAUGCAGCACUUGAACAUGUGUUCUGCGGACCAGGGUUCAUUAUCUUUUUUACUGAUUAUAAUUACAAACUGGAAAUUCAGUACAAUUUUGUUGUUUGUUUUUUCUGGAAAUAUUUGAGCAGUUUGAAUCACUGAUAUAUAUUAAAGUUUGUCAAUAAAAAUUCAGUUUUCAUUUCAGUUGAAAG